UUCCGGAGCGGCAUUGGUCGACCCCGCACUGAAGACGGAUCUCCUCCACCCUUGACAAGCUAAACAUUCAUUUCUGUCUAUUUCAAACGUGCGUGUGAGACGUCUGUCUCUGCCCGCUCUGAACUCUCCCUGAUGGGCUGCUGGUCCCGCAGUGCUGUGCUGCAGCUGUACCGAGCACUGCUCCGUGCAGGCCAACACCUACAGUACACCGACCGUGAUUACUACCGGCGCGCAGUGACCCGAGAGUUCCGGCGCUGUCAGACCCUCAGCGCCCCAGCAGAGAGAGAGGACGCGCUGAAGAGAGGCCAGUUCUUCCUCAACAGCAGGCUGGGCGGGUUGGUGUAGAAGAAGCGGUCCAUCAGCAAGAGAAAGUUUGACCGCUAGUCGGGAGGGGAAAGAUCGAUGGCAGGAGUGAACGGGGAUCGGAAGGGAAAGAAAGAUGACAAUGGGCUUGGCACAGCGAUCGACUUUGUGCUCUCUAAUGCAAAGCUGGUGCUGGGAGUCGGGGGAGCAGCCAUGCUCGGGAUCGCCACACUGGCGGUCAAAAGAAUGUACGAUCGAACACUCAGUGCCCCAUCCAGUCCCACAAAAGCCAACCCGUCAGGACAAAGAAGCUGGGAGGAGCCGAGCUGGCUGGGGUCGUCACCAAGGACGCUGAACCAUGACAUGAAACAGAACGUCAGCCGCUCUCUACAGACGCUCCCCACCUCCUCCAGCUCCUUCAAGCCAGGCUUGUACAUAUUGGAGUGUCUGCUCUACUUGCUCAAUUCUUUACAUUGUGUUAUGGGCCGUGGUGGUGGCUGCCCUGGUAAGGCUGAACUCCAGAAGGCACGGAUGCGCCUCUCACUGCAGGAACACCUCUGGGCCUUCUUUCAUGAACGAGUGGCGAUCCCCUCGGAGGAGCAGGCCGUCGCUCGCCGUGCCGCGUUGGAUAUCUGUGCGGAGCUCAGAGUCUUUCUCCACGCCAAACUGCCUGAUAUGCCUCUACGAGAAAUGUACCUGAGCGGAAGUCUAUACGACGACCUUCAGGUGGUGACUGCUGACCACGCCCAGCUAAUGGUACCCAUGGUCCUUGAGAAGAAUCUCUGGUCAUCCAUUCCUGGUGAGGACACCAUCAUGAAUGUUCCUGGCUUCUGGCUGGUUCGUCGGGAAAACCUUGAGUACUUCCCGCGUGGAAGCAGCUACUGGGACCGCUGCAUGGUGGGUGGCUACCUUUCCCCAAAGAGCGUCCUAGAAGUUUUCGAGAAGCUUGUCGCUGGCUCCAUCAACUGGCCCGCCAUCGGUAGUGUCUUAGAUUACAUCAUCCGACCGGUGGUCCCAUCAGAAACGCUUACACUAGAAGUGCAGUAUGAAACAGACCGUCGCCUUUAUGUGGACUUCCUCCCAUUGCUUGUUAUGGAGGACGGCGUCUCGCUGAUCGCCAAACCGCAUCGAUUGGCCGCAGAACGGCAUGAGAACCUGUGGCGGCAGAGUUUUCGCGUGGCAGAAACGGCAAAGUUGCGUACGCUCGAUCAGGAAGACGCCGGGUGCCGUUGCGCAUGUCUUAAAGUCAUUAAAGCUGUGUGUAAACUAAAUCCAGCGCUGGCACGAUUAAACGCAAGCCAGCUCACUAAUGCAAUCCUUCUCCUGAGCAAACAGGAGGGCGAUUGGACUCAGGAAGCUCUCGCCGAUCGUUUCAUGCAGCUGCUUCGUGCACUAGUGGGACACCUAGAGGCUGGGAGGCUACCCUGCAUCCUUAAUCUCAAAGUCAAUCUGUUCUGUGAGCUAACGCCACAGGAAAUAGAUGAACUGGGAUACACACUCUACUGUGCAUUGUCCGACCCAGAGAGCCUUUUGAGAACUGUUUAGCAAACACACAUUCACAUAUGCUACCACUUUUUGAGUUGAGCUGAUACACAAACCAAAAUAAUGGCAUCCUUUUCAUACAUGGCUUGUUCUCAGUAGAUCAUUUUUUUUGUCAGUCAUACCAUCAUCAGUUAUUUUCAGGUACUACAACCUCAUCUGUUGGUCAUAUUUUAUGUGGCCCAUCUUAUAUCAUUUCAGUGUUUUUGAUUGUCCUAAUGCACAGUGAAGUGUCAUGGUGAUUAUAUAUUUAUCUAGUGGAGAAUCAGAUUCUGACUUCAGUGAUAUUUUAUUAUAAAUUCAAGCACCAUCAUCUCUUAUGUGUUUGCUGUUACCCAAAAUGCCAGGAGUUUCUAUGGCGUUAAUUUGACAUGCUAUAUUUGAUCUAUGAAAUUCAUGAUUUUAUGUUCCGCAGUUAUUUGUUACGUGGAACAUUGUUCUUGGAUUCAUCAAAAUACUUUCAUCAGAGUGAAUUUAGAGAAAUAUAUAUAUAUAUAUGGCAUGGGGAGCUGUUUUAGAUUAAUCAGAUGGCAGGUUCUCAAAAUUAUCUUUCAGUUACAAAAUUUCCAGUGAUUUUUCAUAAACGUAUUUCCAUCUUUCUUGUCGGUUUGUGCCAUAUAUGCAAAUUACUUACAAUACAAGGAGUGCUACUGGAGUAUUGUUAUGUUAAGAUUUUUAUUAGUUUAUAAUGUAGCAUACAGUGCUUGUUUUCAGAUAACGUUAUCUUAAUUAUCUUUCAAAAGUCACACAUAGAAAUGUUAAUGAUGUUUAAAUGGUCAACACGGGUUAUUACCACACUGCUGAAACCAGAUGAAGAUAAAUACCUGAAUUAAUAAUCAAAACGCAUCUUUAGAAUGGCUAUACAAAGAGUACAUGUGAUUUUUUUAUUGUAUUAAAGCUGCCUAGUAAACCAAGGGAACCCAUGCAGACCUCCUUAAAUCUAUAGAAUAAUUUAAAAACACUCUCUGUUUAAUGUUUUGAGGCUGUGGGUUAUAUGGAAAGUUUGGGUGAAUCGAAAGCCGGUAUUGUGUGCAUCUGUGUAGAUGUACAUAGAAGCCUAUAAUAAACCAGACUUCAUAGAGACAUUUUAGUAUUUUUGUAUUGAUUGUACAAAUGUAACAAAAAACCAGUGUGAAAGUAUUUAUGUAUAUCUUGUUAUAAUCAUACUUUGGGCUUGGGAGUGUGACGUUUGUUCAAACAAAAUAUACAAUAGGCUACGUCUCUGAUAUGAAAUGCCAAAACUCACAGAAAAUCUUAUGUAUCGAAGCAUUUAUUUUGCUUGUGUAACCUGAACUCCUGUGUGAUGUAGCAGAAACACCUAGCGAAUGAUAUGAAAGGGCAGCACCGAAUCCAAAAGUAGAUCUGCUAGUGGAGUUCAACUUGGCCUAGUACAUUGCAUGUGAUGCUUGUGUACUUGUGUCUUCAUUUCCUGGUGAGUUGUAUUUUUAUUAAACAGCACUUUGUAUCAUUUGUUCUGUAAGAGUGUUUCGUGCCUCGGGUCUCUGGGGUGCAAUACAGAGCAAAGGAUGAAUAUAAAGUCGAAUGGAGUGAAACUGUA